CUUGACAUCUGUCUGACAAAAUUAAAAAAGAAUCAAUCAUAUGUUAACUAUCUGUCAUUGUGUUUAAUGGCAUUAAUGUGGCAUAAUAAAUAUGCAAAUAUUAUCAAGUCGAGUGUUCAGGUAUUGUGGACUGUCUAUAAUAUUUGUUUGUAUUUUUGCUGCGUCUUUCAUGUGGUAUUUAUGUUCAAAUCAAACAUGUACGUUGAAAAAGUUUGAUUUUUUAAGCUCACAAAGUGAAUCUUACCCGAAAUCACGAUGGCGAAAACUCAUAACUAGUCGGAACUUUCUUCCAAAGCCAAAGAUUAUGACAGAUGAUAAUGGAGUGCCUGAUGAUAAAAUAAUCGUUGCUCAAUCUGAUUUUAAAAUCAAAGGUUAUGAUGUCAUUGUGUUCUUGCAUAUUCAAAACACUGGUGGAAGCGUGUUUGCUCGUCAUAUGGUGGAGGAUUUGAUUUUGGAAAGACCUUGUCGCUGUAAAAAGUAUCGACGCCUUUGUCGUUGUUAUAGGCCAAAUAAUUAUGGAAGUACUUGGUUUUUCAGCCGGUAUACAACAGGAUGGAAAUGUGGCGUCCAUCCCGAUUGGUCAGAAUUAUCUACUUGUGUCGACAGAGUGAUGGAUGAAGAUGAGGGUAAACCUGUCAAACGAAGAUAUUUCUUUAUGACAGUUUUGCGUGAUCCUGUUAAGAGAUUUUUGAGUGAAUUUUGGCAUGUUCGUCAAGGCCAAAGUUGGUUUUCUUCUCGACAUUGGUGCAGUGGAAUUGAAGCAACUGAAAAUGAAUUACCACCAUGUUUUAACAAUGAAGAACUAGCAAAUUUAACUCUGGAUCAUUUUAUAAAGUGUCGCCAUAAUUUAGCCAUUAAUCGCCAAGCGCGAAUGCUUUCUGAUCUUGCACUAGUCGGCUGCUAUAAUUCAUCUCUUUCAAAACAAGACAGAGAUCUUAUAAUUUUGACCAGUGCUAAAAACAACUUACACAAAAUGUCAUUUUUUGGGCUCUCAGAGUUUCCUAAAGUGUCACAGUAUAUGUUUGAAAUAACAUUUGGCAUGAAUUUUAAAGUAAAAAAUUCAUUGUCUCGUGACUCACUCAAUAGAUCCACAAGAAAAGAACUGUUUAGAGAGAUUAGUGCCAAAGAUAUUGAAACCAUUAAAAAUAUUAAUUACUUAGACAUAGAACUUUAUCAUUAUGCCAAAGAACUUCUUUUUUUUAGAUUUGAAAAACUUAAAAAAAAUGAUCCUUCUUUUAAAAAUAAUUUUGAAGUCUUGGACCAUAAUAAUUUAUCAGUGGAAGAUUGGGCAGAUAGAGAAGACUUCAUUGACAAUCUUCUUGACUAAAUUUUUGUUUCUCAAAUUUAAAAUUUUGCAAAUUUUUUGAAUAGUUUUGUUACUCAUUUUAAAAAUCAUGCAGGGUAGAAUCUCAUUUCAGUGGAUUUCUGCUAAAAAUGUUUCCAAUCAAAAUGUUUCUUUUUUCUGAAUGGUAAAUACAUAUAUAUAUUGGUUUCAUAAUAAAACUUGUGGGGGAGAGGGCCAAAAAUUAGUUUUCUCUUGGCUUAAAGUAAAAUUUUCAUUGGAUAAAUAUUUAAAGUAUAUGAAAUAUUCAUGAUUCCUCGAAAAUUCAUUAACAAAAUUCUACUAUAAUAUGAAAAUAGUUUUUAAUUUCUUUUCAUUUAUCAGUAUUAUAUCAAAAAUGAUUUUUUAUGCUUUUUUUCUGAGUAAUUUUGUUCUCUUAAUCUCUCUUUGUUCAACCAUAUCAAUGUUACAUAUUUUCUUUUUCUGAGUGCCAUAAAAAUUAAAAUUAGGGAUUGUAGAUAAAUGUAUUGCUCCUCGUUACUAUUAUUAUUAUUAUAGUUUUAUCAAAAUGCAAAGUUAACUUGUUGCUGUUUUGAUUUUACAUUAUUCUUUCUCUUUCUCAAAUACUUUGAGUAUUUUAAUUCAAAUAAAAAUGAGCUUAUUUUAAAGGGGGGGGGAGACCAGUUCUCUUUUAGUGGUUGAGUUUUUAAAAAUUGAAUUUUAGAUUUUAAAUCCUAAAGUCACUUUUAAAGCAAAAAUCUGUCCAUUUAGUAUUAUAUUGAUGUUUGGAAAAAUAUUCUGUAUUAAAAUCAUUAUUCAUGAACGCAUAAUUGCUAACAUAAAACGCUCAGAAGCUCUACACUUUUCUGAACUCAUUCUCUUGUAAAUAUUAGUCUGGAAUUAGUUUGAAUUCUCUAUAACUGUACAAAACAUUCAUUGAAAAAUAAAAAGAAUCAUAAUCUAAGCUUCAAUGCAAAUUAAGCCCUGCAUGUAAAUGUCUUUUAAUAACCAUGCCUUGUUCUGGAAAGUAACUGAUAAGAAAAUUCAAUGUUUAAAAUUCAUCAAAGUUUCAAUGCAUUAAACAAAAAAACUUCUGCAUUUGUUUUGAAAGAAGAAGAAAGACUUAAUUAUACUAAUAGCUAUUACUGCUAUAAAUUUCAACUUUUGACAGCUAUCAUUUAUGUCUAGAACCAUUUUCUGACACUGCCAAGUUGUAUGUUCAUAAAGCAGGUCAAGUAAAAAGUCUAUUUUGCCAUGUCCAGAUAUGAGUAUGACUCAACUUGAGCCCUACUAAAAGUUGAUCACCUACUAGGCAAGUGCCAAAGAUACUGUUUGUCCACUGAUGAGAUGGAAAGGUAAACACCCAGUUUACUGGUGAAAACUGAUGCAUCUAUUAGUUUGCAGGGGUGCCAAUUUGUUGUUAGAGAUGUGUGUUAGCCUUUUAAUUAAGUAGAGUCAUAUUAGUACAAAUGAAACACACACAUUUUUUUUCCUUUUCCCCCUCAUUCAGAUAGAAUCUCUUAACUGGGUACCAGCCAAUUCCAUAGCAAACGUGGUCAGAUAGUACAUUUAUUUAACUUUGAUCAAACACUCAAAAUUACUCAACUGACAACUUUUUGACAACUUUCAUUUCUGAAUAUAUAAUCAUUUCCUUUUAAUGUUAGAUGUUGGUAAAUCAAACCAAGUUAUAAGCCUGUCCAACCAUGUCUAGAUGUGAGCAUAGUUCAACCUGAGCUAUUAGGAAUCUAUCAGUAGAUCACUUAGAUUACUUUAGUCACUGGGGAAAUAUGCUGAAGCUAUAUUUCAACUUUGCUCAACUUUAUUGUGUUCAAGUGUGGACAUGGUUUAAGAAAAAUUCAUCAUUAAGUAGAAACUAUUUUAUUUGAAAAACAGUCAUGAGGCUGCAUUUAUAUUUGCAAAUAUAUUUUUUCAUAUUGAAAAAACAAUUUGUAAGUUAUAGGUUUAUCAAGGAAGUAUUUAUAAAUACUUUUUACUUCCAUUAUUAAUUUAAAAAAUGAAACGUUGUGCCCAUAUUUUGCUUAUAUGCUACAACAGCAAAACAGCCAACUUGAGACUAGAUGGCUUUACAAUAAAUGCUUCGAGAAAUUUUUGUCCAGAUCUAAGAAGAGCCAACUUUGAUACAUAAAAAUGUUAGUUGAUGUAAUCAGAAUUUGAAAAUUUUGAUUUUACAUUGAUGGUCAUCAUACACGAAUGAAAUUUAUUUAGAUAAUGAAAAACUAUUUAAGUGGAAGACUUACUUGGAUUUUAAUUUUAGGAAUUAAAUUUUUAAUUUCAAGGGAGGGGUCUGAACAUGGCAACCUCCGCCUUUCUAUGACACAGAUCAGAUGUGAUCUGAAAUACUGUAUCUUUUUGCUUUUGACAAAAUAGUUUCAAACCACAAAUAAAUUUUCUUGACUUCAGCUACAUAGUUAUAACAAGUAGCCUGUUGAGUACAUCACAUUUACAUUUCCCACAAUUUUUUAAAUAAAUGUAUGUAUGUUGGCAGCUCUAAUGUUUGACUUUUGUCAUCUGGAGGAUAUGAACCUCGAAAAAAAUGUGAUUAGAGUGAAGUGGUGUCAUAUGCUAUUCAAACACAAAAACAGUGUGCCAUAAAGACACAUUAUAGAUGUGAAACUUUUGUAUAACAGGGAAACGUUUUACUUCCCUGUUAUACAACAGGGAAGUAUAUCAAUCAUUUUUAAAUACCAUAUUACCUUUUAAAUUGUUGCUGAAGUAUGUUAUUAGUUUAAAUAAAGAUUGAUGAUGGCACACAUUGAUGGCAUUGACAUUAAUUGUGCAACUGAGUGCACAAGCAGGAUAUUUCAUUCUGAAGAGGAAAAUUUUCUAACAAUUUCAAAUUUUUGAUAUCACAGGUGAACUUGUGGAGAGUGGGGAAUAGGUGGUGAUUGAGCGACAUUAAACAUGAUCUUUAGCUGUAACUGAUGGGCCACCUAUUACAGAGGAUGGCCAAAUUAUUAUGCUCAAACUUUUCUGUACUUUUAUUGUUGUUACCUAGUUUUAUUAUUUGAACACAUUUAAAAAGUACUUAAAAGGUUUAAAGAUUAUUCUGGCAACACUUAACUUUUUGUUGUUUUUUUUUAUUAUUAUUUUUAAUGGCAGACACAAGUGACAGUUAAAAUUUGAAGCUACAAGCUUCUUCUUGUAAGUGUGAUUUUUUGAAAAAAAAUAACGACUUCAGAUAUAAUACUAGAUAGCCAUAUUAUGCAUUGAAAGCAUACCAUAGCACAUCCAAGCUGUGAUAGCAGCAAAAGGCAGAGUUAGUUACUUAAUAUUAAAUAUUUAUCUUACUUUACGUUUAAUUCAUAUUUUAAAUAAACUUUAAAACAUGUUCAAAUAAUAAAAAAAAUGUAACAACAAGCUUGUUUGAGCAUAAUAAUUUGUCCACUCUCUGUAUGUAUAACGAAACUAAAUAUCCUUACAUCCCUAAAAAUAUGUCAACAGGUUACUUUCAUGCAAAUUCAUCAGCUCUCAAAUCAUCAUCAUAUUCUAUGUUUUUAAGUCCUUCAAUUUUCUAGACUUGUUAUGCCUUUUGGAGGAAUAUAAAAAAACUGUUUAUCAGCAAUGAUAAUAUUUUUUGUUCUAACAGAACUAUUGUAAAUAUAACAUGAUUUUAGUCAUUGUUUUGAAUGACUUUGAUAGACAAUCACCUGCAGCACAUUGCUAGGUAUCAUAAUUUAGAAUAUUUAUUUAUCUUCAAAGUAUUUAUUAUCAUAUAGAUAUUUCACUAUUAUAAAAGCAUUAAAAAGAGCAUCUAUUUAUUGAUAUAUCUAGCACCCCCCCCCCCUUUUUUUUUGGAGAUAUUCAUCAUAGGUUUAUACUCAAUUGUUCACCUGACUUAUAAUUUGAAAUUUGAAUAAAACAAUUUUAGCUAAUGUCAGCUUUUUUAUUUUAUCAAUAUGAGUCAAAUUGUGCAGCUAAUGGAAGUUUUAGUAUAUGUGUAUAUUUAGUACAUUAUGAAAAUAAAACAUGUUUGC